GGACGAAUGGCCUUUGUGGGGGCCGAGUCGGGCUUGUCCCCGCCGGACCUGAGGGAGCCGACGCCGCCGCGGAAGGCGCAGACUAUGAAUCAAGGUUGAGAACAAGAAAUUAUUUCUGAAAAGAAAGGAUAUUUAUGGAAUCAUCCUGGUGGGAGAUAAUGGAAAGACUUACAAAACACAGCGUUGAGUGUUCAAGUUUCAGAGAUGAUUGGGAAUGUAAAAGCCAGUUUGAGAGAGAAGAGAUACCUCAGGAAGGACAUUUCAGUCAAAUGAUACUUACUGAAGACAUGUCCACAUUCAGGACCCAGCAUCAGACCAUUCGUAGUGAUGAGAAACUCCUUGAAUGUAAAGAAUGUGGGAAGGAUUUUAGUUUUGUGUCAGUCCUUAUUCGACAUCAGCGAAUUCAUACUGGUGAGAAACCUUAUGAGUGUAACGAAUGUGGCAAGGCUUUUGGUAGUGGUGCAAACCUUGCUUACCAUCAGCGAAUUCACACUGGCGAGAAGCCUUAUGCAUGUAAGGAGUGUGGCAAAGCCUUUGGUAGUGGCUCCAACCUUACCCAUCAUCAAAGAAUUCAUACUGGUGAGAAACCCUAUGAAUGUAGGGAGUGUGGGAAAGCCUUUAGUUUUGGAUCAGGCCUUAUUCGACAUCAGAUCAUUCACAGUGGUGAAAAGCCGUAUGAAUGUAAGGAGUGUGGGAAGUCAUUCAAUUUUGAAUCAGCCCUCACCCGGCAUCAAAGGAUUCACACAGGUGAGAAACCUUAUGAAUGCAAAGAUUGUGGGAAAGCUUUUGGCAGUGGUUCCAACCUUACUCAGCAUCGGAGGAUUCAUACUGGUGAGAAACCUUAUGUAUGUAAAUCAUGUGGCAUGGCAUUUAGUAGUGGUUCAGCUCUCACUCGGCAUCAGAGAAUUCAUACCGGAGAAAAACCAUAUGUAUGUAAUGAAUGUGGGAAGACCUUUAGUUUUGGAUCAGCCCUGACUCGUCAUCAAAGAAUUCACACUGGUGAGAAACCUUACAUAUGUAAGGAAUGUGGGAAGGCUUUUAAUAGUGGCUCAGACCUCACUCAGCAUCAGAGAAUUCACACUGGUGAGAAACCCUAUGAGUGUAAGGAGUGUGAGAAAGCCUUUAGAAGUGGUUCAAAACUCAUUCAGCACCAAAGAAUGCACACUGGGGAAAAGCCCUAUGAAUGCAAGGAAUGUGGCAAGACCUUUGGUAGUAGUUCAGAUCUUAUACAACAUCAGAGAAUUCAUACUGUUGUGAAACCCUAUGAAUGUAAGGAAUGUGGGAAGACUUUUGGUAGUGGCUCAAAACUUAUCCAACAUCAGCUAAUUCAUACUGGUGAAAAACCCUAUAAAUGUAAACAAUGUGGAAAGUCUUUUAAUAGUGGCUCAGCUCUUAACAGGCACCAGAGAAUACACACUGGUAAGAAACCUUAUGAAUGUAAGGAAUGUGGGAAGGCUUUUCAUGGUAUCUGGAGGCUUACUCAACACCGGACAGUUCACACUGGCGAGGAACUUUAUGAAUGCAAGGAACAUGGAAAGACUUUUCGGAGAUGUUCAGAAUUAUCUCAACAUCCACGAUGUCCUUCUACUGAGAAGCCCUAUAAAUGUAAGGAAUGUGGGAAAGCCUUUAGACGAGCUUCACACCUAACUCAACAUCAGAGCAUUCAUACUGGGGAAAAGCCCUAUGAAUGCAAGCAAUGUGGAAAGGCCUUUAGUCGUGACUCACAGCUCAGUCUUCAUCAGAGACUCCAUACUGGUGAGAAACCCUAUGCAUGCAAAGAAUGUGGGAAGGCCUUUACUCAAAGCUCGCAACUUAUUUUACAUCACAGAAUUCAUACUGGUGAAAAGCCAUAUAAAUGUGAAGAAUGUGGGAAAGCUUUUAUUCGUAGUUCACAACUCACUCGACAUCAGAAAGUCCAUACUGGUGAGAAACCUUACGAAUGUAAAGAAUGUGGGAAGGCCUUUACUCAGAACUCACAACUUACUUUGCACCAGAGACUUCAUACUGGUGAGAAGCUGUAUGAAUGUAAAGAAUGUAGAAAGGUCUUCACUCAGCUCUCGCAACUUAUUCUGCAUAAGAGGAUUCAUACUGGUGAGAAACCCUAUGAAUGCAAGGAAUGUGGGAAAGCUUUUAUUUGUGGCUCACAGCUCUCUCAACAUCAGAAAAUUCAUAAUGGGGAAAAGCCAUAUGAAUGUAAGGAAUGUGGAAAGGCUUUUAUCCGGGGCUCACUCCUUAUGCAACAUCAAAGGAUUCACACUGGAGAAAAACCCUACAAAUGUGAAGAAUGUGGGAAAGCCUUUAUCCGUGGCUCACAACUUACUCAACACCAGAGAAUUCAUACCAAUGAAAAGCCAUAUGAGUGUAAGGAAUGUGGGAAGACCUUCAGUCAUGGCUCGCAACUUACUCAACACCAGAGAAUUCACACUGGUGAGAAGCCCUAUCAGUGUAAGGAAUGUGGAAAAGCUUUCAACCGUGGCUCACUCCUUACUCGACAUCAAAGGAUUCAUACUGGUGAGAAACCCUAUGAGUGUAAAGAAUGUGGAAAAAACUUUAGUCGUGGGUCAGAACUUACUCAACAUGAGAGAAUUCACACUGGUGAGAAACCCUAUGAAUGUAAGGAAUGUGGGAAGUCUUUUAUUCGUGGCUCACAGCUUACUCAACAUCAACGAAUUCAUACUGGUGAAAAACCAUAUGAAUGUAAAGAAUGUAGAAUGGCCUUUACUCAGAGUUCACACCUUUCCCAACAUCAGAGACUUCAUACUGGUGAGAAACCCUAUGUAUGCAGUGAAUGUGGAAAGGCCUUUGCUCGUGGUUUACUACUUAUACAACAUCAAAGAAUUCAUACUGGUGAGAAACCAUAUCAGUGUAAGGAAUGCGGGAAGGCCUUUAUUCGUGGUUCUCAGCUUACUCAACAUCAGCGAAUUCAUACUGGAGAAAAACCGUAUGAGUGCAAGGAAUGUGGGAAGGCCUUCAGUCAUGGCUCUCAACUUACUUUACAUCAGAGAAUCCAUACUGGUGAGAAACCCUACGAAUGCAAAGAAUGUAGAAAGGCUUUUACCCAGAGUUCACAUCUUUCCCGACAUCAGAGGAUACAUACUGGUGAAAAACCAUACCAAUGUAAGGAGUGUGGGAAGUCCUUUACUCGUGGCUCACAGUUAACUCAACAUCAGAGAAUUCACAUCAGUGAAAAAUCCUUUGAAUAUAAGGAAUGUGGAAUAGAAUUUAAUCAUGGUGCACAAGUCUACAUAUGAAUUUUCUGAUUCUUUGUGCACAUUUUGUUCUUGUCAUCCACUGUAAGCAAAGACUUCCCACAGAUGUGAAUAUGGGCAUGGGGCACAUGUGAGAAUUUUGGUGGCAUAAUGAAAAUAUUAAUUCAGAUAGAAAAGCCUGUUACUGGAAACCCACUACACUUUAGCAGAUUUAUAAAACAGAGAAUUGCUAAUGUAGUAAACAUAGGAAGGCCUCUAGCCAUAGCACAGAUCUUUUCCAAGACUAUCUUGGCUCUGAGAAUUCUGCUUUGAUUUAAUCAAUUGUAAGUAGGCCUAAGAAUAAACAGUAUCUUUCUCACUAUUCAUGGAAGUAUUGUGUAUUAUUACAUAUAAGAACUCUUAGAGUAGUGCAUUGAAAGAAUAUCACAGUUAUGUAUCAAAGCUAUCGUUCUGUAUUUGGAAGGUACACACAGAAAAUAUUUCAUUAAAUGUUUAUCCCAGAUUUGAUUUUACUGUAUUAUGUGUUAUCAUAAAUAUGAGAAAGCUUUAGUCAAAUCUGAUCCCUUAUGUUGUCAGGAAAUUCUUACGGGACAAAAGCCCUAUGUGUAAGUAGAUUAUUAAGCAGAACUGCUAAGGGAAAAAAAUACAAACGGGAUGUGACCUGUCAGAAAACCCCCAAAUUUGUAUUUUCCAACAUCGCUAGCCACAAUUCAAUAUUGUUUUGGAAUGAAAUUUUUAGCAAACAUAAAUAUAGGGAGGACAACAUUAUAGUACCGAAGGAUGCACUAAUACUUUAAAUGCUGGCAUCCCCUAAUGAAAAGCCAGUUCCACUUGUGAUCCAGCUUCCUGCUUAUGUCCCUGGGAAGAAAGACAGUGAUAGAUGGCCCACAUUCCUGGGCCCCUGACAUCCAUGUAGGAAAUCAGGAUGGAACUUCUGACUUGGGCUUGCUCCAGAACUGGCUGUGUGGCCACUUAGUGAAUGAGUGGAUGCAGGAUUUUUUUC